AUAUGCUUGGUAGCUAAUUUUUUGAAUCGGAUCAUUCUAGAUCCUCUAUGUUUUCCCACAUUGUCACUGCGGCAAAGGGUCUAUUUACUCGACAGGAUACCGACAAAGCACAAUCAAAAAACUCCGACAACACAAAGAUGGUCACAACACGGCGGCGGAAGAUUUCCGAUAUUGUUCCAGAAGAGGAACAUGAGAUCAAUGGACAACAGGAGGUGAAUGGAAAGCGCAAAUCUGGGCCAGCCAGCUCUGGGAAGACGGAAACUCAGCGCAAUAAACGGAGAAAGCGAGCCAGCCUUGAAGCCGCAGAAAGCGAGAGCGGGACUCCCGAAGAGCCUUCAGAAGAUACCCAGGAAACAGAUUCCAAACAGGAGGAUGAAAAAUCGGCACCUGCUCCGAAGAAGCAUUUCAGAUUCGACAGUGAAGAACCAGAAGUACCGUUGGAUAUGCAGAUAGAGGAAACAGCAGAAACGCAACAGGCGAAGGAGGACAGCGGCGAUGACAGCAGUGAUGAUGAUGAAGCUCCGGAAACAGUUGAUAACUCGGCGCAGCUAUCUAAGGUCAGGGCGCAGGCUAAGAAAAUGGAAAAGGCCAAACAAUUGGAAGAAGAGUUAAAGCGCGAGAAGAGAAGGCAGUUGGAUGAGCUGCGUAAAUCACAAGCGAAAGUUUCGAAAAAGAAAGACAAGCCCGUUGAUGAUCUGCUAUCCGAAAGCACGGAGACACUUCAGGGCUUUAAUACACAAGAUGCACGGCGAUCAGCUCUCCCAGCACUUCUUCCAGAUGAUAUUUUGAAUGCGGCUCCUGUUACACGACCACCCACUCCACCCACAGAAGGAAUAAACAUCGCCCACAAGAAGCCGACCAAGCUGAAGUUCCUCGAAAAGUCCGAGAAGCGCCCCAAGGAUGUGAAGAUGGGUGACGUGACGAUUCGAGUAUUGGGUGACAUUCCACAGAAGAAAGCCAAAUCGGCUCUGGCCCCGAAGGCCUCGAAAUCCGGUCGGAAUAGCAGACAGACUUGGCUUGAUCGGAGUCGCAGUACUGGGCAUGUCAAUGGUUUGAGAAGGACAGCCGGCGGUACCUCUGGAUUUGUACGCAAGUAGAAGGUCUUAUCUAUACCAUCAAGCGGCUCAGCGGUGGCUAGCAAUUGUUCCAACCAAGAUCAAGAGCGAAUUGAACCGGAUGCCCCUACAACCACUCUCGAGAACCAUCGCACUAAUGGCAACGAAUGCCUCUCGCUUCUCUCUAUAUAUCAAUAUACACCAAUGUCGAAUGAUUGGUUUCGCAUCCUCUGCGAUACGCAGGGUCCAGGCAGGCCUUGUCCCCGGAAGCAGGUUACAGGUUCGAGGAUGCAUAGCAAGCAGAGUACGAUCCACGCAGUUGAACUUUGCCUUAAAAAAAUUUCGAAAUUCCUGUAUAGACAUGUAAUGUUCAACGGUAGAUAGUUAUUAAGUGUCGUUGUCUAGGCGUCUGAAUAUUGGGUGCAAGGCGCUCUCAAAAAGUGGAAUCUAUUUAUUCUUGUUUUUUUUCUA